AAAACAAACAAAAAACAUACAAAAAGCAAAAACCUGAAUGAUUUCUUAUCAGAUAUUUCCACAUAAUCUUCAUAUUCAAUAUUCAAAAUGGCUUUCAAAUGUGCAGUCGUCGGUGCCGCUGGCGGUAUUGGUCAACCACUUUCUCUUCUACUAAAGAAUGAUCCUCUAGUAAAGGAGCUGUCCGUGUUUGAUGUUAUCCCACUAGCUGCUGGUGUUGCCGCUGAUCUAUCCCACAUCAACACUGGAGCCAAGGUGACUUCUCACCACGGUUUCGACGGCGCUGAUAUCCGCGCCGCACUCACUGGAUGUGAUGUUGUUGUUAUCCCUGCCGGAGUUCCCCGCAAGCCUGGUAUGACUCGUGAUGAUCUAUUCAAGAUCAACGCUGGAAUUAUCAAGGGAAUCGCAGAGGCAGUUGCCGAUGCUUGCCCGAAGGCUAUGGUCUGCGUCAUCUCCAACCCCGUAAACUCGACAGUACCCAUCUUCGCUGGUGUGCUUAAGGCUAAGGGCUGCUUCGAUGAGAAGCGCCUUUUCGGUGUGUCCACCUUGGACAUCGUUCGCGCAAACACCUUUGUUGCCGAGCUUAAGGGCCUAAACGUGACCGACGUGAAUGUGCCUGUGAUCGGUGGACACUCUGGUGUGACUAUCGUACCUCUCCUGUCACGCACCACACCCGCGUGCGAGUUCACACAGGAGGAAGCUGAGAAGCUUACACACCGCAUUCAGAACGCUGGCACUGAGGUAGUUGAGGCCAAGGCAGGAGCCGGAUCCGCUACUCUAUCCAUGGCAUUUGCUGGUGCACGCUUCGCUAACAGUGUUAUGAAGGCCAUGAACGGUGAGGAUAUCACAGAGUGUGCGUAUGUAUACUCAUCUAUUCAGGAUGGAGUAUCUUUCUUCUCCACUGAAAUUUCACUUGGAAAGGAGGGUAUUUCCAAGAUCAACCCCAUUGGCAAGGUUUCCGAUUUCGAGCAAAAGAACAUUGAUAUUGCUACCGAUGCACUGAAGGCUAACAUCGCCGCCGGUGAAAACUUUCUGUCCGCCUAAGCGCACAGUAACAAUUAGUAAAAAUUAAAGUACGUGGAAAACCAAGGCCCGCAUACAAUUUAAUGUCGUCCGCGCUGAAUAUUCAGGUUCGACCCGGGCGUACGGGUUAUUAGUAUAAUAGGACACAAUCAUCAGUCUACGUUUACUUCCACUUGAAAACUUAUCAAGAAUUCUUUUGCCGUCAUAUUUUGUGUGGUGUUGCACGCGCAAUGAUAGUUAGAUCUCUUCAAAAUCAAUAGCAAUUUAUCAACAAGGGACGAGCGACGCGUGCUUAAUUUCAUUCACUCCCUCAGACGGUCAGGUGUGCACAGAUGGUCAAUAUAUCUGAGAGUGCGUACUGAAACCUUUAAAUCGAUUGGACAGCUCAUUUUGUGCAAACCACUAAAAGAGGUUCACUAGAGUAGUCAUUUGCCCGCAUCCCUACCAUAGUUUGCCAAUUGAUUUUUCUUGAGAUAGACGUCUUUUUUAAUCAACUUAUAUUCAGUUAUAUCAUUUAAAAGAAGGGUAUGUCAACACUAACAGUCGUCAUGAGUAUAGAAUAAAAGUAGUUAGGUACAUCUACUACGACUACCUUUUAAUUAUAUGCCAGAUCAGCGCGAUGCUGCAGCGCAAGUAACACUUGGUCUGCUUGUUAAGAACGCGUACUCGGAUAUGCAAGAUCAAAUCAUGAAGAUGGCAGUCUACUUGGAAAAAAAUUACAUGUGUACAUAUGUGUACAUUUCUUGCGUACCAAAUACAUGCAACAGAUAAGGAAUUAAAGUACUGCCUCAGAAGAAGAAACACUUUAUAUGCGUUUUGCGUGCUGGGCACUAUAUCCAUCGUUGGCAGGCCUAGCAAGUUUCCAUUAAGCAAUUCUAUGUGAUCUUUUCAAUAGCCACUAUUUUCAGUCAGUCAUAGCGACAGUACAAAUACAUAUACAUACAUAAUAUUAAGCUACAUAUAAUAAUCCAUAUAUAUUGAGAGUUGAAGCAGUGAACUUCAACGCAGAGGUGUCAGGUACAUAGAAGCAAAUAUAAAUAUCCGAAAAGUCGUUUCGUUCGUAUGUUUGAACACAUAAAUAAAAAUACACUACAUACAUAUAGUUACAGAUAUGCCGCAGCAGCUAGCAACCCGCCUGCAGCAUUUCUCUGGUGAAACAUGUAGAACCAAACGCCGUGACUAAAAUAAUGUCAAUUCAUUUUGCACCACAGAGGUAAGCGUUGUAUUUUUACUUUAACGUAAAAAAUAUAUUCUGUUCACUUGAGAAUCAACCAGUUGGAUUUCCGUUGCUGAAAACAAUAAUUAAAAAAACGUUUUAAC